AUGAAUCAAGGUGUGCUGGGGAGGGAAGACACGGAACCAGAUGGGAACAUUACGGCACUCCAAGAAGAGCACGGUUCUUCCAAUGGAUACCAGCAGCACACGACCGGCAUGGAAGACGCGGAGAAGGACAAGAAGAAAGAAGGAAAAUCGAAUUUCAUAGUCAGAAUAUGGAAGAAACUAGGUCUGGAUGUUGACACGGUCCUAAUGAUGGCAAAAGCGGCCUGUCCCCCAACUAUCGCCCUUGCCAUGCUACAAGCAGAUGCUGUCGCGAAGAAGUUCGCUACCCUUGGUUAUUUUGUUGCCAUCAUGUCCAUUCUCGGGUUCUGCAUCAUGCCACGGGCAAAGUUCAUACAGACUAUGAUUAUGAACGUCAUCGGAACCUGUCUCGGGUCGGCCUUCACUAUGCUCAUGCUCUGGACUGGUAUCAAGGCCCGUGAGCAUACCACUGUCCCUGGCGCACCUCCUCAGCGCUACAACUCGUCCCAAUCGGCCGUGUUAGCUGUGUGGCUUUUCUUCCAGAUUUAUGCUGUCAGCACUAUCAAGGCCAAGUUUCCACAACUGGCAUUUCCUACAAUAAUCUAUGCCAUCCAGAUCAAUGUUGCGGCGACCAAUGGAUUCUUAUUUACGACAACGCCACAGUGUGAGGCCUUCGUUUUGAGACUGCUUGAAGCAUUCUUGACCGGGUUUGGGCUGGCGACGGGGGUAUCGCUAUUCAUCAUCCCAGUCACGUCGAGAAAGGUCGUCAUGAAAGAAUUCACGGGGUACAUUAUGUUGCUAAGAGGGGCUUUGGGUGCCCACAAGGCUUACAUUCACUCUAUGGAAGGUGGAGACAUGUACGAGCAGACUUAUGUUCCAGAGGAGGGGGAGCGCAGCAAACCGAAAGACAGGCCAGAAAUUGCGGCGAUUAAAAAGGUGAUUGGACAGCUGCAAGAGCUGCAUGGGAAGCUUACUGCCGAUUUGCCGUUUGCAAAGCGGGAGGUCGCGUAUGGGAAGCUGACGGCAGAUGAUUUGGAGGGCACGUUCAAGAAGUUGAGAACGAUAUUAUUGCCUGUGCUGGGCAUGAGUUCAAUUAUGGAUCUCUUCGCCCGGGCGGCUGAAAUCAAUCAUUGGGAAGGCAAUGAGACUGACUACAAUGAGGAGGAGCGCAUGAAGGCUGUCGCAGAUUGGAACGAACUAUUCUCAUUCGUACACGAACCGUUCGACAAUAUAUUUCAGGCCCUUGAUGACGGUCUUGCUCACGUCCUUCUGAAGUUACAGCUCGUUGAACCACCGAAGAAAAUGAAGGGUCAUAACCAAAAUGAUGAGGAAGCCAAAGGCGAUUCUAUUCGACCAGGAGACGAAGGUUUUGCCAAACAUUUCGACCAGCAGGCCGCAAUAUUCUUCGGCAAGAAAGAGCCUACGCUCCGCCACUGGGUGAAGAGCAAAGGCAUCACACUUCACGACGACUAUUUCUCUGAGCCUGACUCCAUCAAUGACGAAACUCUCAAAUUACUUCCCAACAUAACUACCCGCGAGCGUGAUCAGCGCCAGCUCUUCCUGGUCCUAUACAUAAUGUUCUUGCUUAAUGGCAUCAGCCGGGCGGUCUCCGACCUGGUUAGAUUCGCUGACGAGCACGACGUUGCAAAAGAGAAGAAAAAGUUCAUUUGGCUCGGUGGCAAGCGCCUUAAGAAAUGGAUGAGGAGUAUCUUUAAUAGCCAAGACUCGAAUUCUGAGGAUGAAACAACAAUCGCAGGUUUCGACCGCAACAACACGACGGUCUACAUGGGCGAUGCGUACAAAUCCAGAAGAGACCCCGAACAUCUCCCUCCCUCCAACUCUUGGGAGAGAUUCGGAAACGUAGUUCGCAGCGUUUCGCACUUCUUACGGAGUCCGGAAUCCGCUUUUGGGCUUCGGGCAGCUUGUGCCACAAUGAGCAUAGCCAUUGUUGCCUUCCUCCGCGAUACACAGGUUUUUUUCGUGCAGCAUCGACUUGUCUGGGCUCUCGUCAUGGUUGCUAUCUCAAUGACGCCGACAGCUGGUCAAUCCAUAUUCCAAUUCGUCUUGCGCAUCGGCGGGACCGCAGUCGCCAUGGUCGUCGCCUGGCUCAUGUGGUACAUCCCUGGACAACACACUCCAGGCAUUCUUGUCUUCGUCUUCAUCUUUGUGGCGAUUGGAUUUUACAUCCCGCUCAAGCGUUUCGACCUCGUCAUUGUCGGUAUCGUUAGCGUCGUGACUGUCACCAUGAUCGUAGGCUACGAGUUGCAAGUCCGGAAGCUCGGUGUCGCGGCCUCAACAGCAACGGGACAGCCUGCAUACCCCAUCUACAUACUCGGGCCAUAUCGUCUUGCUACCGUAGUGGGUGGACUAGCUGUAGCAUUCUUCUGGACGUUUUUCCCAUACCCAAUCACAGAGCAUUCUGCCCUACGGCAGAAGUUAGGUGGAGCUUUAUACCUCAACGCAAACUUCUAUAGCAUCAUGCACGAACGGGUCAUGGCGCAGAUUCGGGGAGAUCUUGGCGAUGAGGAAAACGAUAAAGAGUCUCCCGGUUAUGCAUUGGUGAAAGCGAGAAAUAAGGUAUUCGCCAAGCAGAUGCUCACUAUUCAGGGGUUGAAGAUGCACACUGAAUUUGUGAGAUGGGAAUUUCCUCUCGGCGGCAAGUUCCCCCAGAAAGAAUACGGUAAAAUUCUCGAGUGUGUGCAGAAUAUCACAAACUACACAUCGUUGAUUGGCUACGCGAGCCAGACAUUCACGGAUCCAAAUCUCACUAAAGCUCUGACCAACAAUGGUCCUAGGUCACCAACCUCCCCAUCUUCUAAUACUGAGCCAUUAGCUCGCCAUGUUUCCGCACAAUGGUUCACCGACUUCCGCCGUGUGGUUGCCGAUGCACGCGUUACAUCGCAUGAGAUCACAUCUCUACUUGCUUUGCUUUCCUCGAGUAUCACAUCUGGCCAACCAUUACCGCCGUAUCUGCGUGCGCCAGAACCCUACGGUCUGAACAGGAGAUUGGAGCUCGUGGAUCCUGGGAUUCUGAGUCUUAGACAUAUGACUGAGCCGGGGUAUGCCGCUUUUGCUGUGAUGGCCAUUAGCACGAGAUGCAUACACAUGGACAUAGAGCGGCUUCUUGCUUCGGUGAAGAAGUUGGUGGGCGAAUUGGACUUUUCGUUCCAUGUAGUGAGUACGGCAGAUAGUGGGCGUAAUUCAGAUGAACCCUUGGUUAAGAAGGAUGAGAGGGGAAGAAAAAGAGAUUGA